CUCUCUCUCAAACCUACCAUAUCUCACAAAUUCCACAAUUUUGCAGUAUUUUAUUUUAUUUCAAUUCAAAGAUUUCCCGCCGCUAAAUCCAGUACCAAACCCUCGUCUUUCCCCUCGUCUUCUCUGUAAAUAUUUCAAAACAUUCUUCUACUGUCUUAUUUGAGUUCCUUUCCCCCCCUCUCUGGUGUGCUCUGGGGGGUUAAAAUUUUGAGGAUGGAUAUCGAGCAAAAACAAGCAGAGUUAAUCAAUUACUUCGUGAAGAAAGUGUCAGUUCAAGUGGGCUCAGCUCUUGGCUCCGUAAUACUCGAAGCGACGUCGCAUCCUUUCCUCUUCGCCUUCUCUGAGAUUCUUGCCGUGCCCACAGUUGCUGAGCUUGAAGGAACUGAACAUUCAGUGUACCUUGAGGUUCUUCGGCUGUUUGCACAUGGUACAUGGAGUGAUUACAAGAGUAAUAUUGGUCGUCUUCUUCAAUUGCUCCCCGAUCAAAUUUUGAAGCUAAAGCAAUUGACUGUCCUUACACUUGCUGAGGCAAACAAGGUCCUACCAUACGAACAACUAAUGCUGGAGUUAGAUAUCACAAAUGUCCGUGAACUUGAAGAUUUUAUUAUCAGUGAAUGCAUAUACGCGGGUAUUGUCAGAGGAAAGCUGGAUCAGAUGCGAAGGUGUUUUGAGGUCCAAUUUGCUGCUGGGAGGGAUUUGAGGCCGGGACAACUUGGGUGCAUGAUACAAAAACUAUCAAACUGGUUGGGUACGUCAGACGACUUACUUAUCUCAAUUCAAGAGAAGAUAAAAUGGGCUGACACUAUGAGUAAGUUGGACAAGAAACAUCUGAAGGAGGUUGAAGAUAGGGUGGAAGAAGUAAAGAAGUCCAUUUCCAUCAAGGAGACGAAAUCCAGUUGUCUGAAGAUGGAGCAUGCUGACCGGACAGAUUUUUGUUCAGGAACAAAUGAUUGUCCGCAUUUGGGACAGUGAUACUGCUGCUUUUUCUUUUAGUGAAUUUGUCAUUGUUGCUAAAGAAAUUGAGAAUUGUUAGCUCGUCUUCAACUUAUUGUUCUUCCUAUUGAGUUGGGUAGAGAGGGAUCAAAUCUGGUGGUGCGGCUAAGAACUUUUAACCAUUUAGAUAUACAAUUUUACAUUA